UAACGAGGAUACCUGUAAUUUUGGUUAGGUUCACCGGCGAGACGACGAGAGGAGAGGAGACAGCAGAGUAUCAGAGAGUUCAGAGAGGAGGACAGCACCAACCAAACCCUGCAUCCAAACUGCCCCUAAACAACUACGAGUAGUACGCAACGCGGCCCAGGUCGCGAGAUCUGGAUUGAUUCUGAACCACGCCGGCGCCGCGGCCGCGCCGCGCCGCUGCUCUUCCCCCUCCCCCGCCGCCGAUGGAGAUCCCCACGGACGCCAUCCACCGCCUGCGAGCCUCCUUACGCGAGUCCGCCCCCACCGCCGCCUCCGCUCCUCCCCCGCCCUUCCCCGCCGUCCCCGACGCCGUCGCGGCCUUCGACGCCCGCGCCGAGGGCCCCUCCGCGCUCCGGUGCGCCCGCUGUGGGGCCGCGGGGGGCCUCCUCCGCGGCGCGGCCUCCGCCGUGUGCGUCUACUGCGGGCGCCCCAGGCGGGAGGAGUGCGGCGGGAUUGCCUUCCGCGGCAGUGAGGCCUACCGGUGGCUGCUCGGAUCGCUCGGGCUGGACGGAUCCGAGCUUGUAGAAUUUGAAAAUGAGUCUACUGAUUCAAGUAAAACCAAGGAAGCACCGAAGAAUGGGAUGGUCUUAUCUGAUCUACUGGACCUUAAACUGAGUUUCCCUCCUGAGAAUAAGGAAACACAUGAAAAUACCAAAAGCAAUGAACAGUCAUCAUCUGCAUAUACACUAAAUUUGUCUGGUGUUAACCUAGACUCAUUUUUCGCUGAAAGAAUGGAGAACACAACCGCCAUGGUGGUUCCUACUCAAACACAUACUGUGGUGCAGGAAAAGCAAAGCACAAAUAGCAGAAGUCAUGGUUCUUCCAGCUUGGAGGUGCACUCUAAAGUCAUUUACUCAACUGGAAUGAAAACAAGUUCCCAAAACACAAAUCAAAUAGAAGUUACUCCAGCAUUUGCAAAUUGGGAUGCUGACUUUCAGUCUGUUAGUUCAGAAGAUGUCAGCAAAGACUCCAAGAAAGCUAACCUAUUUAACAGUGCUUUGACUGUCAAGACUUCUAAUUUUCCAGCACCUGUAACUUCCAUCAACCCAGUAAUACCUAGUGGUAAUGAAACAGAUAUGAAAAGUAUGAAGCUUGAAGAUUCGAAAGAUUUGGCUUCAGCAAGUGGCAGGUUAGUUAAGGAUGAAAGUAACAGUGGAAUAUUUCCUGAGAACAGUUCUGCUGAGCUAAAUGAAUCCUCCCUUAGCAAGAGUUCAAUGCAGAGUGAUCAAUUGCCUGUAAGGGGUGAUACUGGAGCCAGUAUAGAUGAAGCUUUUGACGACUGGCAAGAACUUUCUGGUGGAAAUGAGGGAAGCCUGUCAAAUUCAGGAGAACAUAUGGAGGGGCCUAUAGAGAGCAAUCCUUCUGAAAUAAAAACCAAAGAUACCUGGCUGGUUAGUAGCAUGGAAUCAUGCAAUAAUGUUAGUGAUGAAUCUGCUGAUGACUGGCAAGCUUUUACCUCCAGCUCUGGUCAAGGAGGAGAUUUGAUGAAGCCAAUAGAAGGACCAGAUGCUGGUCAAGGAGGAGGUUUGGUUAAACCAGUUGGAGAAACAACUAGCAUCUCAUUGGAACAUUAUUCAGAAGCUAAUCCUGUUGAUUUGUGGCCUGUGGACAAUAUUAAAGAGCUUCAUAAUACAGAGGUGCUGAAGGAAACUAAUGAUUCUUUCGAUGAUUGGCAAGAUUUUACAACCUCUGGUCAAGCACAAAGUGCAUCACAUAAUCAAGUUGGAGGCAUGAUGGAAGUCUCACAUGCCACUCAGAAAGAAACAGAUGAUGACUCAUGGUUCACAGCAGAUGUUAGAGGAGAAAGAAAUAAUGAUUUACUGAAUUCAAGUAAUGUUGUGCUGGAUGAUGUGCAAGGCUUAUCUGGUUCAGAUCUAGCACAGCAAAGUUCAUUGAACAUAAGUGGAGAAAUGAUGAAUAUUUCAUUUGGGCAGCAUGAAGUAACUGAUACAUCGCAAUCAUGGAUGGAUAGCAGCAAUAGCAUGGGUACAAAUAUGGCCACAACAAAUACUGAAGACAAUUCAUUUGACAUUUGGCAAGAUUUUACCACAUUGGGUCAUCAAAAAGAAAACUUUUCUAAAUUUGAGAGAGAAACAACUACCACAUCAUCAGAGCCAGCUAAACAAUCUGAUCCAAUGGAUUUGUGGCUAACCAGCAAUGCCCAGGAAUCUAAUAGCAGCAAAGAUGCUAAUAGAAUUGAUGACUCUGGUGGAUGGCAGGAUUUUGCUAAUUUUGGUCAAAUACAGAGUACAAGUUUUCCUGGGGUAGGACACUCCUUGAAAGAUUCUUCAGGAGCCGAACCUUUGGAUUUAUGGGCCUCAACCAAUGCUGCUGAACUUAAGAACCAUGAACAGACAACUGAAGAUAGUGACCCAUUUGAUGACUGGCAGGAUUUCAAGAACUCACGCCCACUGGAUACAAACUUGCAAGUUCCACCAGAUGCUUCAAUAUUCGAUAAUCCUUCAGUAGUGAAGCCUGAUGUUCUACAAGGACUGGAAUUUGGGAGCUUUGCACAGUUAAUUCCAUCCCAAAGCCAAAUAGAUAAUAAGGACAAUUCUAACGAAGCAAAUACAGUUUCAUCUGAUGAGCACUUGGGAAGGAUGAAAGGCGAUGUCGAUUCGCUGUCUUCAAUUUGGCCAACUACAAGUCAUGACACCCAAUCUGUUUCAAAACCUGAGUCAGUUGAUGCAAACGUAGAGAGACUUCUGUCACAGAUGCACGAUCUAUCCUUUAUGCUCAAAGUUGAACUGUCGAUCCCUGAUAAACCUGUAGAUCAUUCUAAGCCUUGAAACCAUGUGCGCUUUGCUACGUUCUGCCAAGGUUCACCGAUGUUGGAGUUCCAGCCUUUUGCUUGUGGAACCUAACAUGGGAAAUAGCUCGCUGAUGUAAGUGAAGUGGCAGGCAAUCUUGUUCUCACUUUUGCAACAGCCCUUCUUUUGAAACCUACGUCACUGCAUUGACUGGCAGAGAUAUGUAUUGGUAUUCUCUGUUGUUUGCAUUGGUUAGCAGAGAAAUGCAGCACCUUGCUCCUUGCUCCUCGCUUCAGAUUCAGAUCCUAAAAAUUGAUUACUGCUUCAUUGAGGCGAGCGACGCAUUGUUGUUUCUGCAAUGUGUAUGUAUGUACCAAUUCACGGCAUGUAUAAAUCGUGUAUGAAACACAAAAAAUGAGCUGUUCAAUUCAUUUUCCCCCCUCUCCUGUAAGAUCGUUGAGUAUUAACAUUACUUUUGUUGACCUUGUUACACCUUACCUUUAAUGUUUGCAGCUGACAUCUUGCACCUUGUCGGCAUCGUCAU